GGUCAUUGCUGUAGGUCCUAACGCACUAAUCAGGGGACACUAUUCUUGUAUCUAUAUAAACCCGCUUCUUCCAUACCGAAAGCCAUAUCCAUUCAAGCUUAUCAGAGUUUUAACCAUAAAAAUGAAGUUGAAAACCAUCUCUAUAUUUUCCUUCUCUUUUAUUACUCUCUUCUUCACGGUGGCCAAUGCUGCCACUUUUAACAUUCGAAACAACUGCCCCUUCACGGUCUGGGCAGCAGCCGUGCCUGGUGGUGGCAGGCGGCUAGAUCGUGGUGGAGUCUGGAACCUAGAUGUGAGGCCCGGCACCAAAGGAGCUCGUGUCUGGGCUCGAACCAAUUGCCAAUUUGACGGUGCUGGACGUGGCAGAUGCCAAACCGGUGACUGUGGGGGGCUCCUACAGUGCCAAGCCUUCGGUGCACCACCCAACACCCUAGCCGAAUACGCACUAAACCAGUUCAAUAACUUGGAUUUCUUCGAUAUCUCCCUAGUUGAUGGAUUUAAUGUUCCCAUGGAAUUUAGUCCAUCUUCUGGGGGUUGCACCAGGGGUAUUAGAUGCACCGCAGAUAUCGUGGGGCAGUGCCCUAAUCAAUUGAAAGCCCCAGGUGGGUGCAAUAACCCUUGCACCGUUUUUAAGACUGAUCAAUAUUGUUGCAAUUCUGGGAACUGUGGUCCUACAGAUUUCUCCAGGUUCUUCAAGACAAGGUGCCCUGAUGCUUACAGCUACCCUAAAGAUGAUCAAACAAGCACAUUUACUUGUCCCGGUGGAACUAACUACAGGGUUGUGUUCUGCCCUUGAAGUGUAUUUCUGUUGUGCUUUAUGAAGUAUCAUAUAUAUUGUAGUACUAAUAACGUGCUAAGUGAAGCUUUCACAUGUAUGUGCUAAGUGAAGUUGCACUAAAACUUCAGAUGAAGCUUGAAUUAAUAAAUAAACGUUUAUAAAGCGUUUCAUUAUAGAAGUACAACUUUUUAGUUUAGAAAUGCUUAAUAAUGAGUGAAAGGAUUCAUCAAAAAAUCAUGAGUGAAUGGAGAAAUUCAUCCAAAAAAAAAUCUCUCAUCUGGUUACAUUCCACUUACUUUUCUCAAUAUUUUUCAAUGUUUAAACCACUGUGCAGAGUAAAAAACUGACUAAAUUGUAGCUAAGUCCACCAUUAACGGGACAGAUCGAAUGCCAAAAUGGACUGAUGAUCAGUACAACAUUUCUUGCCGGAAAUACAUGUAAUAUUGUUGUGGAAUAAUAAUAGUAUAUGAAAACUAUCCGAGCUCAUGUCACCGAUGUGCAAAUGUUCUGAUUUGUUAUAAAUGGUCUAAUCAUAAAUGAAAGCUGGGGAUUUCUGUAAGUUUGCCAUUUUCGGCUGGGUGGAGCGACUCGACUCAGCUCAGGUCUAGUCCAAAAAGGCGGCACCGGUACAUCCAUCCAUGGCUUCUAUUUGGGCCUAACUAUUGCUACUUUGGUGUCAAUGGCCUGAAAGAGGACCACUUCAUGGUGGAGGAAAAGAAACCAUCUUCUGAUCUUAUCUGUAUUCUAUAAAAAUCCACUUUAGAACAAAUCAUUGGCUAUAAUUCGUAAGAAAAUUAAAUUAUAUACACUUUAAAAAUCAGGAAUGUAUUAUCUUUAUCAUUAGAUAGUAUA